AUGGUCUCACCUUUUGUUAGUAAACCUAGAGACCCUUCUGUUCCCAGAGUGUGUGCAGAGAAUUUUCUCACUCUGGAGAAAGAUGGCGAUGUGGAUGUGUUCCUGCAUAGCUUUGAAAAAGUUUGCAGACAGUUCCAGUUGCCAAGGGAGCAGUGGGCCAAGUACCUUACCCCUGGCCUGAAAGGUCCUGCACUGGAGGCUUUUGCUGAACUACCCUCAGAGUUUGAUCAGGACUAUGAUGCCAUUAAAGCUGCACUGCAAAGGAGGUAUAAUAUUACUCCUAAAGUAUACAGAAAUAAAUUCCGUUCUCUGCAGAAGGGUACAUCCAAGAGCUAUGCUGCAGUUGUUGGAAGCCUGACAACAGCUUUUAAACAGUGGACCAAGGGGAUAAAGAUUGCCACUAUAGAAGAGCUUGAAGAUUUAAUGGUGAAGAAGCAAUUUGUGCAGCUGUGCCCAGCAGAAGUCCAAGAAUGGGUUUUGGAUCGUAAACCCAAAACAUCACUAGAAGCGGGUGAGCUGGCAGAUAUUUACACAGCCAACAGGCAACCAGGGAAUGGGAGAAAAUCCUUUGUUAAGGGGGCAUCAACCUGGAAAGGAGCUGCUCCACGUCCCCCCUGUACAAAGCCUGUUGUGCAUUUGUUUAAUGUGUCUGUUCCCUCUGGGAAAGAAGGGGCGAGUGCUGCACCUGGGCAGGAGGAUACCCGCAGGUGUUUUGCUUGCAACAAAGUGGGCCACAUCAGCUCCACUUGCUCAGAGAAGAUUACAUUGAUGUCAUCAGCUGGAGGGGGUAAUACCUCAGAAGUACCAGCACCUGUUUUGUUCAUUACACGACCAGAGGAAAGCAACCAGAACUUGCAACCUGUGAUUGUCGUAGCUAAGGUAACACUGGGGCUUCGGGACACAGGUGCAGCAGUGACUCUUGUGUGUCCAGGGCUGGUGAGCUCUAAGGACAUUAUUCCUGGCAGGACUGUAGCAGUUAAAGGGAUUGGGGGAAUGCAACUUGCAGUGCCUAUGACACGUGUAUAUCUUGAUUGGGGCGGGAGAGGUUUAAGAAAUGUGGGGGUAUCUGAAAAUAUUCCUAAUUAUGUUUUACUGGGGACUGAUCUGGGUAGAUUGUUAUCUAUGUAUGUGCCUGACAAUGCUACAUAUGACCUUGUGACAUUAGCUGUAGACACUAAUGUGCAAAGGGCUGGGUGUAAAAAAGCUCAGGGACAUGCUGACCAGGAGGGAGGACAGAGUGCAAAUGUGCAAAGUGUUGUGCCUGAACUGGGGGUGUCUCCACAAGAGAGCAUGGUUGUUCGGCCUAGCUUUUCCACUGGCAGGGAUGCAAGUGAAACAGAUUUCCAGCAUCUGUGUGACUUGAAUACAUUGGAAUCUUUAGCAGAAGAAAGUGUUGUGGAUGGGACCCAAACAUUGACUACUGACCCCACUAAUAUCUUUAACAAAACGUUACGUGAUUUAGUGGAUGAUGGUGUAGAACAAGGUUUCAUUGAAAAAGCCACUAGUGAGUACCUAGUAGUUACCAAUCCUAAGAUACCAUCAUUUAAUCAUCUUCCUAAGGUACAUAAGAGCACAGAGAAUGUGGCAGGAAGGCCUAUAGUAAGUGGAAUAGGGUCAUUUUCAGAACAUCUGUCAGAGUGGCUAGACAUGAUCCUACAGCCAAUGGUACUAGAUCUCUGGAGCCAUGUAAAGGACACAAAGCACAUACUGCAGAUAGUUUCGGAUAUAGAGUGGAGUGAUAAAUUCACUUGGUUAACAGUAGAUGUUCAAUCGCUCUAUUCUUCAAUACCACACGAUAGUGGCUUACAAGCUAUAGCUUUUGUCAUGAAAAAAUAUCAUGACCUGAGGGCACGUGAAGUUUGA